CAAAGCUCUGUCGCACUGCCGGAAGUGUCGCUGCGCUUUGCGGCUCGGCUGCCCCUGAGGAGCGGCUGGGAAGCCCCGUUCGGCCUUUCCGCGCUGCCGCCGCUGAGGGCAGGGUGAGUGUCCGGAGGGCUCCGCCGCCGCGGUGCCUUUUGCGCGCUUUUCUCUGGCGCUGCUAACUCUACCUCUCUGCUUUUGGUAGGAGUCAUGCCGGCCAAGGGCCCCCUGCAGAGCGUCCAGGUCUUCGGGCGGAAGAAAACUGCGACUGCUGUUGCCCACUGCAAGAGAGGAAAUGGCCUCAUUAAAGUGAACGGAAGACCUCUGGAAAUGAUUGAGCCCAGAACUCUGCAGUACAAACUGCUUGAGCCUGUCCUCCUGCUGGGGAAGGAGCGGUUUGCUGGUGUUGACAUUAGAGUCCGUGUAAAGGGUGGUGGCCAUGUAGCACAAAUCUAUGCUAUCCGUCAAGCUAUUUCCAAAGCCUUGGUGGCUUACUAUCAAAAAUAUGUUGAUGAAGCUUCCAAAAAGGAGAUCAAGGAUAUUUUAAUCCAGUAUGAUAGGACUCUGCUGGUUGCUGAUCCUCGCCGUUGUGAGUCCAAGAAAUUCGGAGGCCCUGGUGCUCGUGCACGCUACCAGAAGUCUUACCGUUAAAAUUGUUCUCCAGUCGUGUGAAAGUCAAUAAACAUAAAGAGAAUUUGGUACA